AUGGCAGAGGAAGAUAUGACAACCUCUGGCUCAGCACGCGAUACUGGCAAGAUGCCAGAACGCGAGGAAUCUGAGGAUGGCACGCCCAGUCCUAUGCCGAUACCUACGCCGAAUCCUAACGGCAUGGUGACCAUGGCAGCAGCAGAUCUCAUUGCACUCUGCGAGCGACUGAUAUCAGCACGCGCGCCGCCACCUCCUCCACCUCCUCCACCACCUCCACCUCCUCCGAACCCUAUACCAGAAGAAGAUCCGAACAUGCUGGCUCGCGAAUACCAGAAGGAAGCGCAGGCCUCGUUGAACACAAAGUCCGUCACCACGUUCGAUGGCACCAACUACCAGACGUGGAAGAUGGCGUUCUUGUCGGAUGCAGAAGUGAUCGGUGGUGCAGAUAUUCUCAAUAAGAACCAACAGGAACCACCUGAAGGUUUAUCAUCGCUCGAUCAGCGAUAUUGGGUGAUACGUUCAAAACUUCUCUUCCGUCGCAUGUUGCAAUCCCUAGUAGGUUCUGUCCGUUUGACCAUGGGAUCCAUUCAACCCGACAACGCGGCGGCCCUAUGGAACAAGGACGGUGAUUACCUGGCGUACGUACGCCGAUAUCAAUACCUGUCUGCUCGCAUGCGACAACUAACGGAGGACCGUGGUGAGAACUACCUCCAUGAUUUCUUUAUUAUCGGCCUCCGAGAUUAUCAGAGGACCUAUGUUAAAUCACGCCUCGAUACGUUCUACGGGACGGGUCAGGGUCCGAUUGUCAACCUAGAUAUCAACGAUCUCACAAAACAAAUUGCUCACCGGAUGAGUAAAUCAGAGGGUACUGGACGCCCUAAAGCUCCAAAGGCCAACGCGGCCACCAAUGAUAAUGACAACACAACUUCCGCCGCAACCGCAAAGUGCGGAUACUGCAAGGUCCCAGGGCAUAUAAAGGCUAAUUGCUAUCAUCUGAACCCUGACAAAGCGCCCGAGUGGUGGAGGAAAGAGAAUAAGGAUAAUAAGGGCACUGACAACACUGAAGGUGCCAAAAAGAAGGGAAAGGAUAAGAAGAAGGACAAGGAUGACAACAAACCUACUGGCAUCAAAGCACCAGAUCUUCUUGCCUCCCAACCUAGUGCUAACACAGCAAUUGCUUUAUCCGCGUCGUCCGCUACAACAUUCAAACCUUGGUAUCUCGACACCUGCGCAAGCUUUAAUAUGACGGGCAAAGGCACUCGUUGGUGCGCGCGAAGUCGUUCGAGGGCGAUUUACAAAUUACUACCGCGGACGGUGGUGUAG